AACAGCACAAGGAGUUAGCGCAACGUCGGGCGGAGGCAGAGAUACCGAAACACACACCGGCGGAUUUAAGCGUCUCAGACACCGGGAGGCGAAGCGGAGCUGCCGGUGAACGCGCCGGCUUCGAUGCGGUGUCGCUUCAGCUUCCAGCUCCUCUUCCUGAACUCCGCGGUGAGCAGCUCGAUCUGGAGACAGUGGAAGGUGAACACAGCUUCACAGAAAUCUCAGUGAGGCCUUGAGUAAUAAUGAUGGCGACUGCCGGUCCUCCGAGCAGCUCCAGCUUCCUCCCACUGCUGGAGACUCUGGAGGACAGCAGCGCUGGACAGUCCGAGCAGACAGACGCCUACCUCACCAUUGCCAAUCGGCUCAGUGGAGAGGAAGGCAGACAGUUUCUUCCUGCAGUUGAAAAGCACUUUUCUCGUUUGGGUAAAGCCAUCUUGGCUCACAUAACUAGUCCGAACACGGACCUGAACCAAGCUGCUCUGCAAGCCCUGGGGUUCUGUCUGUACCAUUCGCACCUCGUCUCUGGAGUGCCUGAAACCUUUGCAGCAGAAAUACUAUCAGCACUUUGUUCCCUGGUGGUGAAGUCGACAGAUAAGAACACAUGCACCAGAGCAUUAUGGGUCAUCUCCAAACAGAGCUUUCCUCCAGAUGUAGUCGCCAAAAAAGUAUCGUCUAUACUGGGAACACUGGAGAGCGUGUGGAGCAGAGAGGACAUCCAGUCUGUAGUAGUGGAGCAUGAAGGCUUGAAUGUUGUCAUCAGGAUGCUGGAGCAGGUUCCGGCCCAGAUGGGUGAUGGAGCAGUGCGGUGGGCGAAGCUGGUCGUUCCUCUGGUGAUCCACUCUGCCUCCAAGGUGCGUCUACGAGCCGCGGCAGCCAUGGAGCUGGGCAUGCCCCUGCUGCUGGAGAAACAGGCGGAGGUGGCUGCUGUCAUCGAGCCGAUGAUGUCCUCGACACUGGUCCCAGAGCUGCAGAAGCUUUUCAUGUCUAAGAAUGAAACCAACGUCCUGAAGCUCUGGCCGUUAUUUGUGAAACUGCUUGGGAAGCUGCUGCACAGAGGAGGUCCCUUCAUCAACUCUCUGCUGCACCUGGAGGAGCUUGGUUUCCGCAGCUCCUCUCCUACCGUCAAGAAGAUUGCCUUCAUCGCCUGGAAGAGUCUCAUAGAUAACUUUUCCCUCAAUCCAGACAUCCUGUGCAGUGCCAAACGUAUGAAGCUCUUGAUGCAGCCGCUCAUGUCCAUCCACGUCAGGACAGAAGCCCUGCUGCUCACCAAGGUGGAGGUCUGGUGGUACCUGGUAGUCCAACUGGGACCGAACCUGUCGUCCAACUUUGAUCAGGUUUCCUUGCCUCUGCUCCAGUGCACCAUUGGAUCCGACUCCUCUUCAGUCCCAGUCACUCCUUGUAGAGCUGUCACUCAAAACGGUGCUGCUACACCUGGCACACCCAAAACAGGAACUCCAGGCUUCAACAGCCCAGCCAACACGUCUCGGAUGAGCCUGAACUCCAGCGUCCAGGUCCCCUCCAUCUUCCCCUCCAUCCAGGUGCUGGGCCUGGAGAUGUUAUUUCACUUUUUUCUGGGGCCAGAGGCUGUCGCCACCGCAGCAAAGAGAAAACUCAUCCUGAGCCUUGAGCCCCUGAACCACCCGCUCCUCUCCGGUGCUUCCUCCUUCACCAAACACAGCGCUGUGCUCAUCUGGAGCAUCAGAGAUGGAUUCAUCAACGUCGGCAAAGACGCUCCAGAGUCCCUUUUGACUGUUAUAUGGACGAGUCUUGUCCGUUUUGUCAACUUAACUGUAGAGUUUGCCGGCAGUAAGAAGGAGCGUCAGGGCUGUGAAGUUGUCACACUGACGCUUCAGGCUCUGCAGAGCAUCGUCACCUCAGAAGCUCUGCCUGCAGACAGAGUCCUGGUCCUGUUCGAGGCCACAGUGAAAGGUAUUCCCCAGAGAGUUCUCGGCUCUGCCUCCUACCAAGUUGGCAAGAUGGACGUGUUAAAUGGAACGCCUGCUCUGUUUCUCAUCCUUCUCCUCUACAACAGCAGCAUGCUCUCAGCCUACAUAGAGGACGAGAGGUUUUUUCAGUGCCUUCAAACGCUGGUGGGCUGCGGCUUGUCGGGCCCCACGUCCCCUCUGGCGUUUGGCGAGGCGGUGCUGGGUGCCAUCAGAGGCAGCGCUGGGUCCGUGCAGAACAAGGAGCAGCUGUGGAGGAUGUGGAGUGUGAUGGUCAGCCCUCUCACUGACACCAUCACUCAGUCUAAUGAAGUCAACCAAGGUGACGCUCUGGAGCACAACUUCAGUGCCAUGCAUUCUGCCCUGCUGUUCCCCAUCACGCACCUACUGCGUGGCACACCACUGCAGCAGGCGGCUCAGAAGUCGAUGUUAUCUUCGUGGUCCAAGCUGUACAAGGUGUUCGCCCGCUGCUCAGCACUCGUGGUCACGGCUGAGGAGAACAUCUGCUGCGAGGAGCUGUGUGCAAAGAUGACGGCUUCAAUAGACAAAGAUGCCUUAAAGGCUCCUUCAACAUUAAACGCUGUUUCCAGUAUCCUCCACGUCAUGGUUGAAUGUGUGGACUUCUCGCCGUACACUCCUCAGUUUCAGCAAAAGCUGAAGUCUCCUCACACUCCUGUGAACUGGAUGAGAAAGAGGAAUAAGGCCUUGGGGAACCUGUCCACGUUCCAGUCCCUGCUGGUGCAGUGUCUGGACGUUUAUCUGGAGGAUCCUGAAGCUUCCUCUGAGGCCACAGGAGUCGCCCUGGUCUCCAUCCUGUCUGCUCUCUUCACCAACCUCGUCCUCGCCAACGCUGUCCAGGAGGCGCUCGCCUCCCUGGUUCAACCUCUCACCAUCUUCUACAAACAAGCGGCCAGUGAGCCGCCCAGAUUCACCUCGCAGCUUCUGGCAAAGUUAGAGAAGCUUCUCGGUGAGGUUCUCGGCUGCAUGCAGAGCCGCUCCGCUCUGGCCUACAGUGAUGAGCUCCUGGCUCUGCUGUCUCCUCUGCUGUGUGUGUUGUUUCCGCACAAGAACAAGCAGCUUCGCACCUCGGUCGCCCAGUUCUGGAACGCCACCUUCGCCAACGCAGUCAGCCUCACGUACCCCGAAGAGAUCAGACCAGUACUGAGCCAAGCGAAGCAGAAGAUCCCAAUCAUUCUUCCCAGCUUUGAGGUUGUCACCAUUUCCGAUGAGCUCAGUGGACAAUAUUCAAGUGAGAGCUCCCAGCUGGAGACCAAGCUCAGCGGGAUGCCCGUCUCGUCAGUGGGGAAGAGGGACUCACUGCUGGGAAAGGCUGCGGAUCUGAAGGACAGGAGCUCCACAAAGACCAAGUCCAAACCGGUUUCUACAAAGCUGGACUUUGGCUCUCCGAAGCCACCCCGCAGAGAGGUUUUGGAGGAGGAGGCCUCCAUCGACUUUGUCUUCAUUCCUCCUGAGACGAAGGAGAGAGUUUUGACAGAGCACCAGAAGGAAGUGAAAAGGACAAAAAGGGUUGACAUCCCGGCCAUGUACAACAACCUUGACGCUUCUCUGGAUACAACAGUUUUCAGUCAGUACACUCAGAGCCAAGAGGACUCUUUGGACAAAGUGCCAACAGAACAGGCUGAAAAAGUUACCAAAGAGGCUCCUGGCAAGGUUCCUCAGGAAGAUUUGGAAAAUGAGGAAGAUACUGAGGUUCUAACAAAGGACACUCAAGACUAUGGCAGCCCAAAGGAAGUGGGUAACAUGACAGAAAACCACCAGCAGGAAAACAUGAUCCCAGAGUCAGCAGAUGUUUCCAUGGAGGAUGAUACCAAGAGUGACGAGAGAGCACGAGACAUUGACAUGCAGCCUAAAGAAGGCUUGAGUCCUAACAUCUCUGGCUCCUCAGAUUUGGUUUCAGGGACUCCUCAGAAACCCAGCAGUCGCCGUCAGUCCUUUAUUACUCUGGAGAAGUAUGCUGAGGGAAAGCCCGCCAGUCCCAGCAGUGCUUCCAAGUUCACAGGCUCCCUCAUAAAGACCUCCAGCCAAGAACGCUCUAGCGCCAGCAAGACCUCCUCUUCUCAGGUUUCUCAGACACCCACUGGUCCAAGCUCUCAGUCCUCUCAGUCAGGAAAAAUGAACUCGCAGCAUCCUGUGGACGGUGCCAUCGAGUCCCCUCGAAGACCAAAGGAAUCUGGUGUGAAAAGUGAGCCUGUAAGGCUGACUGAGAGAAUGCCCAGUGACACAACAGAGGAUGAAGAUGUUAUCCCAGACACACAGACUGAAGUGGACGGCAAGGAGAGUGCGAAAAUGGCUUCCACAUCAGAGGAAAUGGAACCAUCAAGUCAGGAAACGGAGUUGGAUGAUUCUCAAUCCUCUGUGACGCAGACCUCUCCAAGUGAACCCAGGCGGUCUGGACGCUGCAGAGUCAGACCUCUGCGCCCUGGAGAGGACCCUGAGGAACGGGAGGAGAAACACGUGGUUUCCAAAAGGAGACGUUCUGGAGAGGCUCCUAAAAAUGAUUCUCCUAAAUCAAGCUCAAUACAAAGCAGACCAAACACGAGAACUAAGCAGGCCGCUGAGGAGGACACUGGCAGGGGGAGGCUAAGAACGAGGACUCAGAAGGACAACAGUGAGACGAGCCGAACCAGCUCUCAGGGCAGAGGACACAGGAAGAUUAAACUGUACAGCAGUUCGGAGGACUUCCUUGAUAAACCUGAACCCAGAAGGAGGAGCACCAGAGAGCAAGAGUCCAGCCAAACUGACCUACAGUCAGACACACCGUCCGAUUAUGAAAGCCAGUCGCAGGGUCGACGCGGUCGGCGGAGCAAAGCAUCAUUAGAGACGGACGAGGAGGGGGGACUGAAGAAAAAGGUUUUGCAUGAGAAAGAACAGCCGAGCCAAACUGCCAUACACGAGCCUGAGCCUGUGGAGCGGAUCGAAAAGGACGAUAACGAGCUAAAGAAAGACUCUCAGAUAAGCACUCCUCCCCCUCAAACUGGUCACACACCUCAAAAUAUUGAGCUUGUAGAACAGAGUGAAAAGGAGGAUGAUAAGCUAAAAGACUCCCAGAUGACCGAUCCUUCCCCUCUAACUGAUGCUGGAACUCAAGAGUUUGAGCUUGUAGAAGAGACCAAAAACGAAAAGAAAGAUUCUUCGGUAGUCGCCUCCUCUCCAACAAAGGAGUCCCAAGAUGGAACAAACACGACAGAGAAGUUGGUGAAUGAAUCACAGGCCAGAGACGAACACAAGACAAGUGAAGGUACUGACGAUAACCUUAGUCAAGAGGACUCUCAAGUGAUCACGCCUUCAUCUUCUGAUAGCCAGUCUCUGCGCAGAUCCAGAAGAAGCAAGGUUUCAUCUGAGGCAGCAGAGACUGAAGACAAAAGUGACGGUAAGGACUCAGUGGGAAGGCGGAGUCGGUCUAAUUCUCAGACAGCUGCAUCAGCUGUUGGUCAGGCCGAGACCAGAAUUGGAGGUAGGACCAGAAGGAGCAAAGCACAAGAAGAACUGUCAAAAUCAAGUCCUAGCUCAACCCCAGAGAGCUCUCAGUCUCUGGAUACUGCGGGAUCCACAGAGUCCUCCCAGGGCAGGGGCAGAUACUCAAGGCGAAGGUCUUCUCAAGCUUUAGUAGCCAGUAUGGAGCUCUCAGAGUCAGAAUCCUCAGAGGCCAGAGAAAAUUCCCCUAUCCCCAAGAAGAGAGGGAGAAAACCUCGAGCUUCUCUUCCAAGUCCUCUCACCGUUGAAUCUAAAGAAGAUAGAAUUAAUAAUGAAACGGCCAAGGAAACUGCUGACAUUUGUGAAGAAGCAGAUACACAAAGCUUUGAAGCUCGAACUUUAACAGAAUUAGAGGAAUCGCAGAAAAGCCAAGAUUUACAGGGUUCAGAAUCUCCCCGGGUCACAGGCGACUCUGGGGAGCAAAGUAUGAAAGAAUCGCCAAUGGAAGUAGAGGCUGAUGCUGCUGUAGCCUCGCAGCCUGUUGCUCCAGAGAAAACUGAGAUUGAGGACACAAAGAGGAGCAGUGUGUCACCUCGCAAGAAACAACCGGACUCUGAAAUAAACACUGAUAAUAAUUCUUCACAGGACAGUGGCGCUGGGGACCAGGAAAUGCUCGAAUCAGGUGGGAUCAGUAACGACCACGUUCAGGAAAAGUUGCCCAGUGACCCAACUGAUGUGGAUACACCGGCGAUGCCUGAUGAGACAACAGAGAAACAUCAGGUCUCGGAGUCUUCAGAGGACAAAGCUGAGGAAGUUACAGAAACUGGGGACGAUUCAGAUUCAGACCUCCAAGAAAAACCAGUCCCAGUGAAAGAAGACACAGCUCAGGAUGUUCACUCUACCUCCAUUUCACAAAACCAGGUAGAGUGUCCAAAUGUCACAGGUGAGCUUUCAAAGGCGGAUGAACAGUCUGCCUCAAACCAUCAUGGAGAGGCCAGCACUGAGGAAGAGAUCACACCUCGACAGGAGAACGAAGAAGAAAGCAAAACCCAGAUUAUGGAGUGUCAGGAUGAAGAGAAAACAGAGACGCCCAACGCUGACAACGAUGCAGUCGUAAAUUUGGAUGCUGCUCUGAGUGAUGUCUGCGAUGCUUCAGCUUCUGCAGACUGUACCGGCAAAGAAGCUUUUCAGGAUUCUCCGGUGAAGCAGAAGGACCUGGAGGCCGUCAUGGGCUCAGAGGUUGGUCAAAGCCCCAGCAGUGGCAGGACCAGAGGAACCUGGUCUCCUUCAGCCUCCCCCUCCACCAGUAUUCUUAAGAAGGCCCAGAAGAGACCACUGGAGGAGGACACUCCCUCACCUCUUGUCAAAUCCAGACGCGUGUCUUUUGCUGAUCCAAUCCAACAGCAGGAAAUGGCGGACGACAUUGAUCGUCGCAGCCCUGCUCUCAGAACCAGCUCUCCCAGAAGAUCCAAAGUCAGCAUUAUCCCACAGCCCAAGUAUGUCACUACUCCGACAAAGGGCCUGGUGAUCCUGAGCCCCAGAAAUCUGCGCAGUCCAGGUUACAAGAGCUCCAAGAAAUGCCUGAUUUCCGAAAUGAGUCAAGAGCCUCGACCAGUCUCCAGAGACUGUAUCUAUCCUGCCCUGGUCGGCUGCUCUGCACCUGUGGAAGCUGUGCUGCCUCAGAUAUCCUCCAACAUGUGGUCUCGAGGUUUUGGGCAGCUUGUUCGAGCCAGAAACAUCAAAACGGUCGGUGACCUCAGUGCUCUAACUCCCAGUGAAAUCAAGACUCUGCCAAUUCGCUCCCCAAAGAUUUCCAAUGUCAAGAAGGCACUUAAAAUCUAUGAACAGCAGCGUAAAGGACGAGGUGGUGAUGAGUUGAAGAGUUUUGAUGAAAUGGAGAUGAUGACCUCGGAACUGGAGGAGACCAGUGCUCCUCAAAACCGGGAUGAGGACGAUAAGACCUCAGGCGAGACAUUAGCAACAGAGCUGGUGGACGAGCCUGUUCCUGCAGAGGAGAGGCCACAGCAGAACGACUCCAGGGAUCAGACACCUGACACACCGGCGACAGGAGAACGCCCGCCUGAAGGACAGCUGCACCCUGACGGGCUGCUGUCAGAGGUGGAGGCUCUGACCUGCAGGAUGACGCCACUGGAACUGGGUCGCUGCUCGCCGCAGCAGCUCGUUCAGAUGCACGAUCAGUUAGGAGGCCUGAUGAGGUGCGUGGUGGCGGAGCUGCAGACGCGCCUCUGCCGGGCAGACGGCAGACCCUGAAGAGACUACUGUUUCUGCUGGAUCAGACAGCUGUGGAGGCGCUAACGGGCACAUAAAAGAAGAAUUCAAGAAGAAACAGUGACUCAGGAUAAAAUGUUCUUUUAUCCACCCAGGCUUUGUGCAGAUGGACAUGUUAAAUCAGCAGAUUUUACAAAAGGAGGAUUUUAUGGUUUUAACUCUGCCAUUUCUCGCCUUUGAUUUUUCUUUACUAAAGAUGUUUUUAAAUAAAUGUUAGCAGCACAUUUUUUUUUCUCUCUAUCCUGAACUGUUGGGUAGUUAAUGAUUUUAAGAAACACUCAAAGGGAAGCACAGUCGGACUUUUUAAGCUGUGCCAAAAGAAGACUUUUAAUAGUUGUAGUCUUGAUAAGGAUAGUAUUUUUCCUACUGUCCUCUCUAGACUGUAAUAUGGGACAGAUGUAAGACUGCAACUGUAUGUGGAGGAUAAUAACUCGUGCUGUUGACCCUUCCUUUUUUGUACAUACAGUUUCUGUGGUGUCAUUUCAUUCCCCUGUGCCUGUUUUAGGCUGUUUACGUUCAGCUCAUCAGCUCUGCUCUUGUACAUUUUUGUAGUUUUAGUUUCUAAAUCUCUUCUGUCAUCUCACUUUAAUGUCUUAUUAUAUUUUAAUGUAAGGAAACAUACAGUAGAUGGUAGUAACAGUCUGCACUUCAGUCUUUAUUUGUGGUUUUAAAUACUUCAAUAAAAGCCAAA